GAGCUAGCGUCUGCGUCGUAUACAACUAGAGAGCUAGCGUCUGCGUCGUAUACAACUAGAGAGCUAGCGUCUGCGUCGUAUACAACUAGAGAGCUAGCGUCUGAGGCUUGUGUCUGAGGAAGGAUGCGGUCGGUAUUCGCGCACGUAGGGAGAGAAGUUGGGGUAGGCUUCCCUGCUGUGAGAUUGCUAGCUGUUGCCGUGCUGAUGACGUAUGCUAUAAAACCGUCGAUCACUGGACCCGUGGGUGUUGUAACAACGGACGAGCCUGAUCUCGUCCGACCCGGGUGGAACAUGGUACCGAGGCCGGCGUCCCACAAUCGUGCCGCCACCAGUAGCCCUGGUGACGAACCCCGCCGCCUGACGCAGCCGGGAGGGCAUGGUGUGGGCGAGGAGGAGGAGGAGGAGGAGGAGGAGGAGAAGCCUAAGGAAACCAUGCAAGACGAGGAUAGCGAAUUUGACGGGCUGUCGAUGCCUGGUGAGGGCGCGACUGACGAGGACCGCGAGGCCCGAGCGCAGAAACUCGACGACGCACUAUACGAGAAAUUCCACGGACUGUCCAUGCACGGAGACCCCAACUACGCUCACGACCCAGCGGAGCACCACCAGGAGGCGCAGGGUGUCGUGAAAAGAUCCGACGGCACCGGGGAGCAGCUGGUGGCGCCAUCUGACGGCGAACAGGCGGCAGACGAGGUCGUGUACGAGAAAUUCCACGGACUAUCCAUGCAUGGAGACCCCAACUACGUCCACGACCCAGCCGAGCACCCCCAGGAGGCGCAGGGUGACGGCGCGGCCGCCGCACAGGGAGAGGACUUUGUGCAGCAGGCGUUCCACGGCGUCUCCAUGCACGGCGACGCCGCCUACGUACACGACGACGCAGACAAACAGCCGCCCGCGGAGGUGGCGCCCUCUGACAUCAAGGAGGAGGCGUGGCAGGCGCUGCAUGGCGAGGUGAUGCACGGCGGUGAUUUUAAAGAUAGCGACGACACGAGAAGAGCAGACGAAACCGCGGACCACCACAAAAUGACCGAGGAGGAAUUCACGCAGUACCAGCAGGAGAUGAAGCGAGCUGCCGAGAGGUCGGGCGAGGCGGGGGGCUACAGCAGGGAGCUGGGAGGCGUCGAGGGAGGGAUGAGGGAGGAGGACAAGAUGGCGGAGCGCUAUAGCAAACAGACGAACUUGCACCGCGGAGACGACCUGUAGCUAGCGUCUUGCGGCAGUUUCAAAUUCGAAUUCAAACUGAUUCAAAUUCUACGAAUUUCCCUAGCCGACGUCGCUUUAUGAUUUCCGUAAAUCGGUCGAUUUUGUAACAGUGCUGCUUGUGAACAUCGUGGUCGUUAGAAUAAAGUGCAUCGCUAACUAUA